AUGCCGAAGCACGAGGACGACGUAAAGGCUAUCAUCGCGGAAGAGCUUGACUUGCCUAUGGAUGAGAUGAAGCCUGAUACCAAUUUCAAGGAUGGAUUGGCUAUUGACGACUUUAAAAAGUCACAAAUGAUAACGGCCCUUCGCGAGUCCUACCUGAAAGCUCAAGAUGUCAUUGACUAUGUUGGAAUUAAGCUGUGGUGGUACGCGAUUUAG